AUAUGUGCUUCAUGUGAACUUGUUAGCCGUAACAGUCUUUCCAGUCCUUUAUAACUGCUAACCAGUCAGUCUAAUGAAGUAACAACGUAAGAUAAAGCGACUGGAAGCUAAUCUCUGCUGCUGUCGGACUACUGAGCUGCCCAACAACAUGCUUUAGCUGCUAUCUACUGUGUAACAUCACACACAAAGUUAACAUAUGAUAACUUCACAUAGGCGAGACUUGGGAUUUCAAAAUGGCAGAGCGGGUGAAUAACUUUCCUCCCCUGCCUAAAUUUCUGAGAAUAAAGCCAUGCUUUUACCAGAACAUUGAUGAGGAAAUUCCUGCACCCCACCAGCAGUUGGUGCGCAGGGUCUACAUGCUCUGGAUGAUGUAUUCAGGCACGCUGUGCAUAAAUGUGAUCUCAUGUAUUGCUUGGUGGGCUGGGGGUGGAAGUGCAACAAACUUUGGCUUCUCCCUGCUCUGGCUCAUCCUCUUUAGCCCCUGUAGUUACACCUGCUGGUUCAGACCACUCUACAAAGCUUUCAGGGCUGAUAGCUCGUUCAACUUUAUGGCCUUCUUCUUCAUCUUCUUCCUUCAGUGUGUCUUGGCCCUCAUCCAGACUAUAGGAAUCUCUGGCUGGGGAACAUGCGGCUGGAUUGCGACAGUGAUGUUUUUCAGACAAAAUGUGGGCUCCGCUAUAGUGAUGCUUAUCACAAGUCUGCUCUUCACUCUGGUGACUGCUUUAAUGGUACUGGUGCUCAUUAAGGUGCACAGAAUGUACCGUGGUGGUGGCGGGAGUUUGGAGCGCGCUCAGGAAGAGUGGAGCACCGGGAUGUGGAAGAGUGCACCAGUGAGGGAAGCAGGGUUCAAUGCUGUUGCUCAGACAGCCCAAGGCCCGAGCUUGCCCCAGUACCCCGCUGCAGUGCCGAGCUAUCCUGACAACAGUCACUGGUGAAGGCCAAGCACCACCUCUAGAUGGGGAUAGAUAGCUGGCCAUUUCUGUGGUGCACAAGAAAGCACUUGAAAGCACCAUACCAUUUCACCCUUACAUGACCGAUUGCAUAGACAUAUUUUUUUGAAUGAGAGAACAGGAUCGCUAUAAAAAGUUUUAUCAAAGAGUUUCGUCAGCAAAGCUCAUUAAAACAUUACACUUCUUCUAGAGGGUUAUCUUCAAAAUAUAUCAUUCUAUUUUAAUUUUGUUUACUUAUAGUUUUUUGAAAUGAAUGAUGACUGAGAAAGAUUUAAAAUUUUAUGCUCACAAGAAAUUUGCUGAAGAUGAUGUACUGUCUUGCAAAUAUGCAACUGGAAACUCAAAAACAGUGUGAACAGUUUCAUGAGAGCAGUAUGUGAAGGACGUGUGCCUUAUGGACAUUAAUGAUAGGAUUAUUUUAUGUGUUGCCAGAACUGCAUGCUAGAAAUUGUAGUAUGCUGCAGAACAUGUUGUUUUUUUUUUCUUUUGCAACUAGUGAAAGUCUGCAAACUGCACGAUUUUUAUCUGGAUGAAUUCUUUUCUGUGCACUCUGUGUAUUCUGGCAGGACUUCAGUUUAGUUUUGAUUUGCUGUGCUUGAUAGCUCCACGCCUGCCUGCUUUGGCUGUGAUUUCUUGAAAUGCGCCUUACUAUUGUGUGCAGAUUUUGCAUGUGAAAAAAUUACUUGACUGUUGCCUUAACAAAUGCUGCUUUUUUUUUUUCUUUUUUGUGUUAAAGUGGACUUAUGCUUCAGUGAAGCAACAUGUGGUAACAUUUCAGAAGUUGUUGGUGCAUAAUCCUCCGCUGUGAUUUCUCACUGAGCACUGAUGUGCCAAAACACUUGUCUUUCCAUUAUUUUAGGUCUGAAAAAAGUCACACCCAAAGUUUAUGUGUUGUACUCUGCCUUAGUAUUUCCCAGUUUCUGUAUUUCCAAAACUGCACUGUUUGCUUUUAGUGGUCAGCGCCCUGCUGUGAAAGCACCUUAUCAGCUGUUGUCACUGUUCCAGACACUUUGAAUUUCCCUCCGAUAGACUGAUUUUUGGUGUUUGGCGACUGCAGUGUGCUUGCGUGCAGUUUAUCAUGGGUGUGAGACUAAAUAGGAUUUUAUUUCAAAUGUUCUAACCUCAUGUAACCAAAACAGACACAACUCAACUGACUGAAAGAAAAAAAAACAUCUAUAGAUAGAUCUGGAGUAAGGUGAAAUCUUGCAUGAAAUGUAGUCACAGUCUGUUGCAGAUAUGGGCCAACUUUCUGUCAUUAAAACAAAUUUCAUAGUGAGUGAUCUGAUAAAACCAAUGAAUUUGGCUUUGCAUACAGGUAAUAUAACAGCUCACUUUUAUUUUGCCUCAAUGAUCCAAUCAAAGCCUAAAUGAAGUACAAGCACCAACUGGAAGGAAAAGGUGCCUGUCUCAUAGUUUUACAAUUUAUUUCUUUUCUUUUUAAAAAAAGUGUCCUUCACGGCCAACUGCCAAAUUUAGUAUUUUGAUUUUUCUCUGUUAUUUGAUAAGUGACAAAAUAUAACAGAUAUGUUAAAAUUACCUUUAAACUUUGCAAGAUUUCAAUAAAUAUUCUUACUCA